CCUAUCGGACUAAUGCCGUUAUGGCAAUGCAAUGAUACCGGUAACCAGAUGUUUUAUUGGUGACAAUGUAUUAUUAAAAUUUUGCACCAUCCAGACUAUGGAAUUAAACUUUGUUCAGGAAAUAUAGACAUGAACUAUAAAUGAACUGAAGUACUUUCAUCUAUCAUGUGACAUCCAUCUUCUAUUAUCUGUUUAUUGUGAUAUUAGUUGUCAUCAAUGUGAAUCACUUUAUACAUCAAUCUCAUUAAAAUAGCCUUGUAUAUACAUGUAUUAAAUAAGAUAAAGUGAAAUACGAUAUUGGUAAUCUUGUUAUUGACUCCAUGCUACCACUGCACAUUUGUGAGUUGUAGGAGCUCAAUGAGGUAAAGUUAGCUGAAGUUGAUCAUGGGUUUCUGUGGUUCUGAUUCAGAUGCAUUUAGCGUGGAGAAAGGGGUUGUGCACAAUGAAUGUUUUGUGGAUGUUAUGAAUAUUAUACCCCAUGCCUUAUUACUGCUGAUUUGUAUUUUUGUGGUAACUGUGUGGAAUCAUUCUAUUAUUGGAGAACUUAAUGUCAAAACAUGGGUGCACUUUCAGGGUCAUAAUGUCAGGUGGUUGUUGACACUAACUCUUAUGCUAAUAAAUAUUGUGGAAAUUGGAGAAGGUUUUGUGUCCGAUUCCUACGAUCCGGAUACCGUCAACUACCACUCAUUUGUGCCUCAAUGUGUCGCCUUUACUGGAACCAUUAUAUCUAUUGUUUAUUAUCACAAUGUGGAAAUGUGGAAUUCUCCACGAUUCUUACUCAUUUUGAUGGUAUACUGGCCUGGCGCCAUGGCCCUGAAAGUCUUGAAACUGAUGUCAGUGUAUCGUAACAAUAUGACGUUAGAAGAUCUACGAUUAUGGUUGUGUUGGAUGGUUAUAAUUGGAUAUGCCUUGCUGUUUCUUGUAGAACUCAAUGUACUAAGAGCUCAGAGAUAUGCGCUCUUUAAAAAUCCCAGAAGAAGGAAAGCUCCAGAAGAUUUGGAAAACACACGAUAUAUUCAAUCAUAUGCUAAUUUAUUAUCUAAAGCUGUUUUUUGGUGGGUAACAGAUAUUAUGAUAGAAGGUUAUAAACGUCCUAUAGAGAUAGAAGAUUUAGGAGAAUUACCAGAGAGUGAACGGUCAGAAACACAACUGAAGAAAUUAAAAGAUGCUUUUGAACAAGAGAAGGCUAUUUAA